AUGCUCAUGGCACUGCAGCACUCAAAAAAAGCCUUGCGAAGUCUGCCUGAAUUCGCUUGCCUUCUUUGCAUUUGCACCACCAAUUUCAGCAAGGACCGAUCUGCAGUGAUCCGUGCUUCGGAUCCUUGGAGGCAUUGGCUGAGAAGGCGCUUCAGAGCUGUCCAUUGCGCCGCGUGUGCUGAGGAAGAGAGCCAGAAGCUGAUCAAAACAUGGUCCAGUUGGUUCGACACUGUUCAGGUGCGAUAUGUAGACGAUGAAGUCAGAGCUGAUGAUUGCUCGGCUUACCUUGCUUAUGUGGUAGACCGAUAUGAUGAUAUGCCAGAGUUCGCAGUUUUUCUGCAUGCAGAUGCACCGGAGCACAUUCCCACCAUUGACUUGCUGAUGGACACUGUCUUCGCAGCUGCAAGGGGCUACCUUCCUCCAGAGGCAGGCUUCAUUCAUCUGGCACACAACUAUGUACGACAUGAUUGUCCAGGAAGCACUGGCAUGUGCACAACACCAGAUGCUUUCGAAGUGGCACAGCUUUGGAGGAAGGUGUUCCAGUCAUCCAUCACUCCGGUCAUGUCGGAGGGUGAGCUCAAUGGCUAUUGUUGUGUUCAGUUCCUUGUGCGGCGAGAGCGAAUCCGACUGAGGAGCAAGGACUUUAAUGUUCGGGCUCUUAGCUUCUUCGGUGCAGAGUCUUACCAUGCGCUCUUCCCAGUGGGUAAGGUGGUUUGGGAGCCUGACCCUCGCGGACGCACUCCAUGCCAGCUGAACAUGUACUUUUGGCAUGUAAUGUUUGGAGAAGACCUUUGGCUCCCGCGGCGACACAGGGACAAGCGUUUGCCUUUGUUCAUUCGCAUAUUGAACAUUGAGGCCGAGGCAGCAGUGGAGGCCCAACGAGGUGAAGACGGUCCAGGAGCAGCACUGAUUCAGUUCACAGGCGACAAUGCUGGAGCAGAUGAUACGUAUUAUCGAUUGCAAAGUCUUUUUGCAGAGAGCUGA